UGGAUUUCAUAACUGAACAUCCUUCUCAUAAUCAGUCUGCUUUACAGAUUCCGAAGUAUUUCUUCUGCUUCAUUUGCUCAGGUUUGGGUGAUGCAGCAACACCGUAGAGUCAUCCCAGCAAUGUUCCCAAUUGCUAAUUUGAUGGAUUGCUUCUGUGAACGGUGGCAGUAGACAGCUUGUCCAGUUCCUGGUGGAGACAGCAAAACCCGUGGUCGCUCACGAAGGUUCCACCAACCCACCACGUGGUGUGAAGUCUUCAGCUUGGGUUCAGGGCUGGAGACUGGCACGGCCGGGACGAUGGUGAGACAAGAGAGUCAAGACUGAAGGAGAUGUCACCCUCAGGGCCACGCAAGUGCAGGAUCAGCGUGAAAAAGGAGCCCUUCCUUACGUUUUGUACAACAGAACUUUGUCAGCAAGCAAGAACAAUGCCAGGAGGUGUGGAGAAGGCGUGUCAUCGGUGCAUUUCUAAAAUUGCCAGCAAUGCCUGCUUCGUGUUUCUGCUCUGCACUUUCCUGGCUCUCCCGCUGUCCAUGGCCUUCACAGGAAUGAAGUUUUUGGAGGACUGUCCCAUACAGCCCCUCAUUCCUCUAUACUUGCUAGUGGGUGGGAUCAUCGGGGCCUUAAAGGUGUCUCUCCUGCUGUACAACUCCACCAGGAUGAGGCGGCUUCUGUCCAAGGCCGUGGUGAUUGAUGACCAUGACGAUGAUGUAUAUCCCUAGAGGCAGAACGCGCACAAAUAUUACAUCCACCUCCUCCUCAGCCUCUUCCUCUUCCUCUGGUUCUUUCUGGGAAAUUACUGGGUCUUUUCUGUUUACCUGCUAGAUUUUGUUCCCCCUUUCCAGCAGCCUCAGGAUUACUGAAAAACCCUGUACCUCUUUGCGGUAGGGGUCCUCGUGCUGGGCUUACUUGUGCUGGGCAGCAGCUGUGUCCACGCGUGGUCCAGGUGGAGGUCUGCUGCCGAGGAAGACUGA